GGUCAGCAAAGCAGUGGCAGCAUGCUGGCCCAGCAUCUUGGCCUCACCCAACUCUUCGCCUUGGCAUCUUGGCCCACUGAUAGCCCGCUGGAAACGUGACGUUGCGAUGUUGCGGCUGCCUUCCUCGGGCAAGAUCGACCGGGACAAAGUGGAAUCAGCCUCUCCUAUCUCCAACGCCCGUCUUGCGGCUCGCAAGCACACGAAAAAUGCUCGAUGUCGCCCGUGUCGCACGCCUCUUGGCGUGGCCCGGUGCGACCCUGCCUGCCUUCCACCAUGGCCUCCGGUCUGCCUUCAUAAACGGCGCUGUCCUCCCGAUAGCCCUCCGCAACAAUGUCUUCUCGAGUCUACCAAUUUCGGCAAUAGCAGGUGGCGCUCUGAAAGACCCCUUCCUUGCUCCCUUGACUUUACUCCCAGGGGCACUGCGGACGUAGUGUGAACAUCGUUCAACAUGUCGACAGGGGCCAAUCUCGACACCAUCGAGGCCGCUAGAGCCAAUGCUGUAGACCUCGACAAUGGCGCCCACGGUGCCAGUGGCAUGGCCAAGAGCGACGUGCAGCCAUCGCUGGACAACGACCGCAAGUCCAGCAAGUCCCUGUCUGGCGAUGACACCACCGUGCUUCGAGGGCCCAACGGCGAGGAAUAUCCUACCGCCGAAGAGCUUCUCACACUCGAGCGCGUCCCCGGGCCCAUCACCUGGAUCAUCUACACAAUCGCCUUUAUCGAGCUCUGCGAGAGGUUCGCAUACUACGGUACUACAGCUGUGUUUGUGAACUUCAUCUCACAGCCUUUGCCACCCGGGUCAACCACGGGUGCUGGAAUGACUAUCGAACAAGCCGGCGCCCUCGGUUUCGGCCAACAGGCUUCGACUGGUCUGACCCUGUUCAACUCUUUUUGGGCCUAUCUUAUGCCUCUGUUUGGUGGUUACUUUGCGGAUUCGUACUGGGGCAAAUACAAGACUAUCCAUAUUGCAAUUGUCGUCGCAAUGUUUGGUCAUAUCAUCCUCAUUGUCUCGGCUCUGCCUCCAGUCAUCGCCAAUCCUAGUGGUGCACUUGGUUGCUUCUCAGUCGGUCUGAUCUUCUUCGGCAUUGGUGUUGGUUUCUUCAAAGCCAACAUCUCGCCCAUGAUUGCCGAGCAGUACGAGGCACAACAGCCGCGCGCGGUCAUCAAAACUCUGAAUGAUGGACGCCGAGUCAUUGUCGAUCCUGUGCUCACAAUCUCCGUCAUCUACAUGCGCUACUACUGGUUCAUCAACGUUGGCGCUCUCACUGGCCAGAUAUCCAUGGUCUACGCCGAAAACUAUGUCGGGUUCUGGCUUUCAUUCACCCUUCCCACGGCGCUCUUCAUCAUAUGCCCGAUGGUUUUGAUUGCGUUCAAGUCCAAAUAUGUACGAACGCCCCCCACCGGCUCUGUCCUCGGAAAGGCCUCCGGCCUCUUCUUCCUUGCCCUCAAGAAGAGUCGUGGUAGAAUUCGGAGUGGGCAUGGAUUCUGGGACGCUGUCAAGCCCAGCAACAUUCCGGAGGCUGAGCGACCUGAGUGGAUGACUUUCGACGACGUUUGGGUGGAGGAAGUCCGUCGUGGCUUCAAGGCCUGCCUGGUCUUUGUCUGGCUUCCGGUUUGGUGGCUCGCCUACAACCAGGUCUACAACAACCUCAUCUCACAAGCAGCUACGAUGCGUCUCGACGGUGUCCCCAACGACAUCAUCACAAAUCUCAACCCUCUGGCGCUGCUUAUUUUUAUUCCAAUUUGCGACAAGUUUGUGUAUCCAGCACUUCGGAAGAUGGGUUUCAAGCUUACACCGAUCAAGAAGAUGACAGCGGGCUUCUUCCUUGGCAGUCUCUCGAUGCUUGUGUCUGCCAUCAUCCAGCACUACAUCUACAUGUUGUCCCCUUGCCGCGAGACUGACGGGUACGGCUUUGUCGACGGGUGCGACAAUCCUCCGAACCUGAGCGUCUGGGUGCAAACCCCAGUCUACGUGCUGGUUGCGUUCUCCGAGAUUGCGGCGUCCAUCACGGGUCUCGAGUACGCCUUCACAAAGGCGCCGAAGAACAUGCGGGGCAUGGUCACUUCUAUCUUCUGGUUCAGCCAGGCCUUCAGCGCAGCACUCUCGCAAGCGUUCGUUGGACUCUCUACGGAUCCGCUAUUGGUGUGGCUCUAUACUGCAAUCGCCGCCAUCGCCUUUGUUGGAGGUAUUGGAUUCUGGUUCACGUUCCGCGCGCUUGACAAGGAGGAAGAGCAGCUUAAUGCCCUCCCAGACAGUGUUUUCCAGGGCAGUCGCAACAAGGAUGUGGACAUCGCAGCCGUAGAGGCCGCUCAGCAUGAGCAGCAGAAGCUCCGGCACGCUCAGGGACUGGACAAACAUGGUGACAAGGCUUGAGGCACUUCUACUGCUUCUGAUUGUCCCGCAAAGGUGUUGUGGCUUCUUUCUCUACCUGGGUGAAUCAUACUACACAUGAGGGGCAGGAGUGGAAAGUGGCAGCCUUGUUUGUAGACAUGCAAAAUAAAUUGUCACUUCAGUGCAAAGCGACGGACGAAC